GCCCCGCCCGCUCCCCGCCCGCCGCCCCCCGCCCGCCUCCCGGGAAGCGCGGGCACGGCCCCGCCGCUGCCGCCCGCGGGGAGACGCGUCCCGCGCCCGCCGGCCCCGCGCGCCGCGCCAGAUCCCCUCUUGCCGUGCAGGGGGGCUCGCACCCCCCCGAAGCGCAUCCCUGCCGGCACCCUGUGAUGGCCCUGGGACCUGCUGCCCCUCCGCAGCCAGCUGGAGAGGAGAAGCCGGCGGGGACGGCCGGGAAGGGGGACUAACCCCCCAUCCAUGGCAGGGGGCAACCACCCGGGGCUACCGGAGAGCAGCCCAGCGCCCGGGGCGUGCGCCCAUCCCUCAACCCCCCACCACGUGCACCGCUGCCCAGCCAGCUCCCGGUGACCCCCGGCCAUGUAGGCGCAGCCCGGGGAUCUGCCGACGGCCACAGUCACCAUGCAGCAGGGCUACGCGGCCGUCCUGUGUGUCCUGGCUGUGCUGGGGCUGGAGGCUGCUGCGCCGGGCGAAUGCGAGCUCACCCGCCUGCUCCAGGACAAGCUGCAGUACGAGAUGCGCCUGCAGUACAUGAAACACUACUUCCCCAUCGACUACACGGUCCAGGUCCAGUAUGAGGAGGUGCUAAGGCCAUCCAACAUCACCCGCCUGCGCAACGGGACAGUGUCGGAGGUGGCCCUGCGGUACCUCUGGUUCCACGUCAGCUCCCAGGCAGUGCUGCGGAUCCGCGAGGUGCUGCCGGUGAAGCACCCAUCCUGGAAGUACACCCAGGAGCUGUGCCAGCUCUUCGAUGCCCUGGGCAAGGAGUACAGCAAGUACCGGCAGACAGAUGUGGAGCCAGUGGUGGCCGACCUGGUGAAGCUGGUUCACAGCGUGGGCUCUGAGAGCCGCAGGAAGGCUGUACGCCCCAAGGCACUGCUGGACAACUGCCUCAAGGUCAUGCGGAUGCUCUACACUGCACCUUGUCGGUGGGAGUCCACCUAGCACCACAGAAGAUCCCUCGCUUGAUGCCUUCUCCUUGCCCUGGAGCCUGGGAUGCUGCUUCUGCUCUGCCCCCCCAGCAGAGCCCCCGGGGUGGUCCCCAAGGAAAGUGAAAAGGGGGGACAGGUGCCACCCCUCCGGACCAAAUGCCACCUCUUCCAGGACUGUGGGACCGUGCACGGCCAUGGGGUCGACCCCAUCCAAAAUGCCAGGCACCUUCUGCAUGGGUGUGGGGCUGGGGGGGUUGGGACAUAGUCCCCCGUGGGCAGGCAGCUGCCGGCUGCAGCGCUGGGACGUGCCGCCCUGCCCUGCCCACAGCGGGGGCGAGGGCAUCACCCGGUUCCUCUCAGUUUGUAUUUUUUCCUCAGCUUUCAUUAAACACAGGUUAAUUCUCUA